CGGUCUGCAUUUUCGAUGCAUUUCCAACAUCACGCAACCUUACAUUAAGUUACAUAGUAACUACAUAGCAGAUAUAAUUCGGUGGACAUCCGGCACGCACCAUGGUCAUCUGAUUAGGUGAUACUAUGCGAUCCUAUGCAAUGCCGUCUAUGUAGCGGUCUAGGUGCAUCUUAAUGUUGUUUCUGGUUCCAGCCCUUUGGUUGCUCCUUUACCUAGUUUGGCUCUUUUCCUUUUUUCCUCUUUUCCUUUUUUCCUCUUUUCCUCUUUUCCUCUUUUCCUCCUUUCCCACUUUUUCCUUCUAUUUCCUACUAUGUAUGUAUUCAGACUAUCAUAUUACUAACCUAGGUAUGUACUAUGCCGUACUAUGUAGUAAAUUACUAGUAACUAGAUCGAGGCCCCGACGCUUCUCAAGUUUGUCAACUGCACUGCACAUAGCCGUAAGCGAAUGGAGUUCAUGUAGGUCUAGGUUAGUUAGGUACAUGCAUGUAUGUAUGUAUGUAGUUUGCUUUAGAGUCCUCAGUCAACUGAUCACUGACUUUUUACAUGUAAUCGUACCUAACAUACUACUACCUAGUAGGUACCUACAGGUCCUACACAACGUUAUGUACAGAUGUAGUUACAUACAUAUCAAAUAGAAAUCCUUCCAUGCCGAACCCACAUAGGCGAAACCGGAUCGAUAA